UGCGUUAUCUAGUGAAAAACUUUCGCCUCUCUGAUUUGGCUCUAUCUACACCGGAUAUAUGUCAUGUCUCCACAGUCAUAAUAUCCGCAACAAGUUCGCUGAUGUCUAGUGUGAGAUUAUGAAGCAAGCUACCUCGCUAACGUAGGAUGUUAAAGUUGCGAUAUAACCAGACGUACUUAUUAAACAACAAACUGUGAAUACGCAAUAGUGAAUACAUGUACCUUCAUAUAUAUAUAGUAUGGUAAUCUAGCCAGCAUUUGAACGUUCGCUUCCCCAUUUGAAGAGUUGUUACUGCUAACGUAAGCUAGCGAGCAGCUUUCGUUCAAUUUUUCGAAAUGGGACGAGGUGGUGGUCGGAAGCGUGGAAAAGGCAAUGGACCUCCUCCAUUUGAUAUGGGCUCAAGGGUGCCUGAUCCAUUUGACAUGGGUCCAGGUUGGUGUGGGCCACCUGGAUCUUUUGAUCCUUUUCACGGUGGCCCAGGUCCACAUCCUAACUUUAUGGGAGAUCCAAUGAUGCACGGCCCCAUGCCACCUGAUUAUCACGGAUAUGGGACAGGCUAUGGACCAAUGGGUCCAGGUGGCCCCAUGGAUGGAUAUGGACCAAUGGGUCCAGGUGGCCCCAUGGAUGGAUGUUUAGAUGGGCCACCGAUGGAUGGACCAGGAUUCGGGUAUGGUCCAGGUAUGUCCGGACCAUAUGAUCCGAUGAUGUGCAAUGGACCCGGACCAAUGCCCCCGGGUAUCCUGCCCCCUGGUAUUCCUCCCCUAGAUAUGCCGCCCAUGGUUCCCCCUCUGGUGGACAACCCUGUUUUUCCUUUACUCUGGCAAAGCGAGGCCAACCCUUAUGCUGUUCAUCCACCAUUGUGGCCCGCCCCGACAACAGCCUCCCCUCCGACUGAGACGACUGUAGUUCCUGAUGUGAUGGGACUCUGCUGGGGCUCUGAGGUUCUUCAGCUUGAUCCACCCCAGACUGAUGAACAGAAGACCAAAGACUCAAAGAAGGGGAAAAAAGCAGGACAGAAAAAGAGCUACAAUGACAAGCCUCCUCCACCUGGAAGAUUCAAGGGGGUCAUCUCAUUCAUAGGGCCAACUUAUGGCUUCAUCGAAAGAGACGAUCUCAAUAAAUAUUCCUUCACUUUUGAUGCUUUUCUCGGAGUCCCCAAGAACAUGAUACCUGGGGUCAGGGUGCAUUUUACAGCCUACAAGGAGAAGGCCGGGGAGUGUGCCACUGAUGUGUCUGUACCUCCAGGGGGGACUGAGGAGAUUGACUCCACCAUUAUUGAAGGUUUUGUCUGCAAUGUUAUCCUGGAGCAGCAGCCUGGUGCAAAGCCGAAACCUGGCCAAAUUGAGGCCAACAUCAACGGCAUGUCAAGAGCACUGCUUUACUCGGAGAAGGACUACACCAUCACUCUGUUGCAAGGGGACCAUGUGACGUUCAACUUGUUGACCGACAUAGUUACCCAAAAAAUUAGAGCCACUAAUAUUCGGCCACAGACACCACAGACUUUUAAGAUCACUGGAGAGAAGAGGGAGGUGGGUGUUAUAAAGAGCGUAAAGGGUGGUUCUGGUACCAUCAUGGCAGCGAACCACAACAACCUGCCCUUUGAAACCACCGAGAACAUGAGUCUAACUGAGUUCACCAUUAUGGAUGAGGUGGACUUUACAGUUGUCACAAUCAAAAAUAAGGAGAAGGCCAUCAGAGUAAGGAAGCUGAAAGAGUGCUCAGUGACACUGGAAGAAACCAUGGAGAAGAUAGUUGAAGACCCUGCAGGAAAAGACAAGUGGAAGCCAGUGGCCCCAGUGGAGGAGGUGCUGCUCCAGAGGACUGUGGUGUUUGAGGACAUUAGCACUGUGCAGCAUGCAGGAACGGUCAUUAAGGUCUCCAAAAAGCAGCAGGAGCAGGGCCUUUUGGAGGCAUUGGUGGGUGGCACACAGAAGCAGCUAUUGUUUGGAGCAGCUGACGUUCUGACUGAAGCCACCAUGUUUGACGGAGACAAGGUUCACUUUCACAUCUCCACCAACCGUGAGACUAAGGAGGAGCGUGCCAUCAAUGUGGAGAUUCUCUCAGAGACGUUUGAGGAGUCAACAGAGCAACGCAGAACCGGUGAGGUGGUGCAAGCUGGGGAUCUGUCUGGGACCAUUAAGUGCCAUCACAGCCACCAGCUGCUGUUCUUCCAUCUGUCCGAGGUCAUGGAGGAGAAGAAAUUGGACAUCUCGGAGAAGGUGAAGUUCAGUGUCAUUUCGCUUGAAACCGCUGAAGGAGGCAACCAAGCGAUUAGGAUCAAACGCCUUAUCGACAGUGUUCUUACCCCUGUUCUUACCGCUGUGCCCAAGCUAAGGGGCGUGGCGGCAAAAGAAAAGAAGAAGAUGACCAUCAAACUGAUGAGAGACCCAAAUGACCUCAUCAAGGGCACAGGUGUCAAAGUAGAGAACAAAGAUGAUGAUCCCACCAACGACAAACCUGCCUCGGAGAAGUCAAUCAAGAUGAAAUCGGUCAUAAAAAUUCUGCAGUCAAAACCUGCUGGCUCUGGAUCUGGUGGCAAGGACUCCGACAGCAGCCAGCGGAGAUACGGACGCAGGAGCCCCAGCCUAGACCAGUUUGGCCGGGUGAAGAAAAGGCGGAGCACGAGCAGGGAGCGCAAAGAGCGGGGUGGUAGAUGCAAGUACAGGCGCAGUCGCAGCAGGAGCCGGGGCAGGGAGAUGAACAGGAGACGAAGCCACAGUCUGGAGAGAAAAGAUUACAACCACAGGAGCGGCAGCAAAAAGAGGACUUCCUCAACAAGGAGCCGCAGCAAGGAGCGAGAUGGAACCAGUCAGAGGAGUUCCAAGAAUGGUUCAAGCUCAGUAAGUAGAUCUCCAGAUAGAAUGAACAAUGAGCUAGAAAGAAAGAAGAAGGAACUAGAGGAGCUCAAUGAGUUGAUAUACCGCAAGAGAGCCAUAGUUGCCAUGGAGAAACAUGGUGGAGUUCCCAAUUUCUUCUCAGAAGUGAAGCCUAUGGAGAAGACCUGCUUUGACUACAAUCAUGGAAUGGCAGAGCUUCCUACACAACCUAAACCACCCACUGACAUCAAACCCAAGUCCAUUCUGAAGAAACGAUCAGACCAUGUCGCAGGUCCACUUUUCUCAAUGCAGACUGAACUCCCUAAAGCUCAACCUCUUGAUCAAAGGCUUGUGGAACAAUACGGUUAUGACGUUGAGACGCCCUAUAAACCACACUCUGCCCAACCACCCUACACCCAAACAUCCAGUCAGAAGUCCUAUUAUGAACGUUCACUUGCUGGGCAUCCUGUUCCUGACUUAUCUGCCAAGUAUGAUCCAUAUGAGCAGACUUCUAGAGAGCACCCGUCGCAACCUUCUCCAGUUCGCCAAACACCUCUUGACCCUCAUUCUUCAAAUCAACCUCCCAUUCGAGAGUCUCAGGAAAAGAACCCUAACCUGAACACCCAGCUCGCCCGUUUCCUCAACACCCUCAACAAAGGUGUGGAUGCCGGUCUGCUGUCAGCUAUGGUCAAGGAGUCUCAAGAGGAGAUUGCUGGUAUUCAGGAAGAUAGUUACAUACUUCAAAAGCCUUAUUGCGAGUUGCUUGACCGUAGGGAUGAAGAUCAGUACAGAGAUGAGCCCUGUACAGAGGAAGAGCCAGAGUGCCCACGCAGGGGCUUCAUCAGGGAGCGAGUGAAGAACUCCGACGACUAUGAUAACUCCAGGAACGAAGACUGGCUGCUGCCUCACGAGAGAGCAAUCCAGGAAGGUGGUGGCUUUCCCGGAAUUCUUGGAAUGAUGUCCCACAGGCAGCUAUUGAGAGAACCUGAACGUGUGGAAGAAGAGGACUUCCUCUAUGGGGGUAAAGCCCCUGCAGCGGCUGAGAAGGAGCACUGUGAGAAACCUGGGCGGUCAGACAGGUACAGGGAUAACAAGAGGUCCUGCUCAGCCAGAGUCCCGGUGGAGGAGACCAGACAGCAGGAGAGUCAGGAAAAGACGCAGGACUUCGACAAGAUCAAGAGCCUGCUCCAGGUCAUCGGCUUGAAUCUGGACACCUCAGAGGUCACCAAGCUUGCAGACAGGACCCAGGAGCGCCUCUACGGGACAAAGUCAUCCAAACACUCAUCCGAAUCCUCAGAGAGAGAGACGAAGCACUCAUCUAGGCGGGGAGAUCGGCACCGCACCACCGACGACUCUGAUUCCAAAAGCUUCCGGUCAGCCUCGCCAUUCAGGUCUUCCCAGUGGGAGGUGUACCUCAGCCCCCAAGACACCUCGGAACAUGGAGGGUUCCUUGACCCGGAAGAGGAGGCGGCCUUAGAGAGGGCCAGGCAGAUGCAGAGCCUCACCAGGACUGUGAGUGUCUUGCCCCCCACCCCCUCCUCACAGCCUGGCACCUCCUAUUCCACCACACAGUGGAACUGUCCUGAGAAGACCCAGCCCAUCGCGCCUAAGAGUUGGCCUAGCAAGGGUUGUAGUACCAACUUUCUCUCAUCACUGCCACCCGGUUCCUCAGGUCCCCCCGAACAGAUUUCCCCGGUUUCAUCCAUGACAAACACGCCUGAUGUUCCAGCUGGUCAACAAGCAGCCAGGGUGUGUACUUUUACUUCACCUAUGGGACAAUCCCCUGACCUACUCACUGCCUUGCCCUCCUCCACUUAUUAUGGGCAGCCUAGUUCCCCCAUGAUACCGUUUACAAAGACUCAGUUCACACAACAAUUGAAUAUAUUGAAUCAAGUGACUAUAUCAAAUCCUACAAGGGAUGUCUUGAGUCAAAUUCUCCAAGUCACCAACCAGUCUAGAUGCCUCAAGGUGAUUGAAACAGUCAAAAGUGUGUCUGGUGCACAGCAGGAUUCAGCAAGACAAAAUAUCACCAUACCUCUCCAGAUCAAAACACAAAGCCCUGAUUCUGCAAGUGGGCGUCCCUCUCCUCCCCCUCAAUCACCAGAGACUCGGGGUCCACCAGUGACAGAAGACGAUAUCAAGGCCAAACAGAAGAAAAGGCUGGAGCAGUUUAACCUGCGGAUGAGACGGAAGAAUCAGGAGAGGAAGAACGAUACUCGUGACACUAGGAUAAACACAACAGGAAAAGUUCCCAAAGUUACCUUUGCCAACACUGAGCCUAAGAAUGUGUGGAUCUGUGGACACUCGCUUAUAUAUUGGGCAGAGAUGAGGGCCAAGUCGCCUGAGAUUGGCAUGCAGUUGGGCAUGGACCCCAGCAGUGUGCGGGUGUGGUGGAAGGGCACACAGGGCAUGACGUGGGCCCAGCUGCUGCCCCAGUUAGACCAGCUGAAGAUCAAGUGGCCCAAACCGGACGUGGUCAUCCUGCACCUGGGUGGGAACGAUCUGGGUACCCAAAGCCCUGAAGCCCUUAUGUCGUCUGUGAAGAAGGACAUGACCUCCAUGAUGAGCAUUUUCCCACAAUGCCGGUUGGUCUGGUCCGACAUCUUGCCCCGGAUGUCCUGGAGGCAAACGGAGGACAGCGAAGCAGUGGACAAUGUUAGAGCCGCCAUCAACAGAAAAGCUCACGCCAUCAUCGCUGAGCUAGGAGGCACCGCUCUGACCCAUAAAAACAUCACGUGUUGCUCAGACGCAGGCCUGUACAGGCCAGACGGGGUUCAUCUGUCUGGUAAAGGUAUUGAUACUUUCAACUUGAACCUGCAGGACUUUUUGGAGAAGUGGGAGACCGAGGCAAACGAUGUUCCUGAGAUGACUUAAGAAAUGACCAAUGAAUGUUGUUUUUUAUGGGGGGGGGGGGGGGGGGAUUUUCAUUUCUCUAUUGUAUUCGUUUCCUCUCUGCUGGUUGAUUUAGAUGUAAUGUAACUUCAUUGCAAAUAAUACAUUCUGUUAUCGGUGUAUCCACUUUGAUUAAAUGCUGUAUGUAAUCUUACUUUAUAAAGUUUUAGCAUACUGGUGAUUAGCAUGUUCUGUUUAUCCACAAAGUGCCAGGCUUUUACUUAUUGUAUACAUUUUGUUGGGCAAAAAAUAAAUAAAACUAGACAAUUGGGAAA